AUGAUCUACGAAGACUUGCGCUCGAUCCACGAGGACAUCGAGCGCUUGGAGGAGGCAAUUGCCGACCGCAUCCUCGACGAACCUCAGCACGUGAGUAUCUCUCAUGUCUAACUGACUGCGACGGGACUUACAACUCACAGAUCCGUAGCCGACUGAUUCGCGACCAUGAAAUCUCAAACUUCCUCGAGCGCAUCCACACCCAGUCGCAAAGGGCCCUCGACAUCUACAACUCCCAGCAAGAUGCCCGUGUGCAGGAGAGACAAUCUCUGAGCACCGGGGACACUCUGCAGUCCUUCUACGGCGAGUACAACAGCCUCAGGGAUUUCCACAAGCGAUACCCCAACGAGCCCAUCGAGAACCUUGAGAGAGCGUACAAGAAGCCGGAGGAUGGAGGCCCACCAGAUGGAUUCGCGGGCGAUAUUGAUGCCACCUUCACCGGCGAGGAGGCAUUCGGUCGCUACUUCGACCUCACUAUGCUGCAUGAGGAGUAUCUGAACUUGCCCGGCAUCAAGCACGUCAAGAGAGCUACCUACCUCCAGUACCUGGACAUGUUUGACAUCUUCAUCCCGCCUCAGUGCAUCAUCAGUCGGAAGGAGAAGAUGACAGAUGAGUACUUCUCAUACGUCGGGUCGCUUGCACAAUAUCUCGAGUCAUUCCUCCGCCGCACGAAGCCACUCGAAGACUUGGCAAAGGCUUUCAAGGAGUUUGAUGAUGAGUUUGCGCAAGAGUGGGAGCAGGAUAAAGUUCCAGGCUGGGAGGCACAGAAGUCUGGAGCGGCCGCCACAAUCGGCAACGGGCCUGUCACCGAGGGUACCGGCGAAGGUGUCUGGUGUGCAGACUGCGAGAAGGAGUUCAAGAACGACAAUGUCUACAAGGCUCACCUUACGGGCAAGAAACACAUCAAGAAUGCCGAAGCGCGAAAAGAGCAGUCAGCGAAUGGCGGCGACACCGGAGUGAGCAACGGAACCACAACGUCGUCCGGGGUGAAUCCAUUCGCGAGAUUGAAAGAGCGCGCCGUGGCCGAGCGAGAGCACCGGAUACGCAAACUAGCCGGACGUAUGAAGACUGAGCGUGAAGACACUCGCGUCAAUGUUGAGCGGAGAGCUGGCAUGACGGACAAGGAGCGGCAGCAGGAGCUUGCCGCUCUGUACGAGGAAGACAUGGAAGUCGCAGGUGCUCAGGGAGGGAAGGAUGGUGAAGAGAACGACGAUGAUGAGAAGAUCUACAACCCGCUCAAACUUCCACUGGCCUGGGACGGCAAACCGAUUCCAUUCUGGCUGUACAAGCUGCACGGUCUCGGUGUGGAGUUCCCGUGCGAGAUCUGUGGUAACUACGUGUACAUGGGUCGGCGUGCCUUCGACAAGCACUUCUCUGAGCAGCGUCAUGUCUACGGACUGCAGUGCUUGGGCAUCACGAAGAACACAGGCUUGUUCCGCGAGAUUACCAAGAUCGAGGAAGCAGAGAAAUUGUGGCAAAAACUGGAGCGCGACAGGCAGAACGAACUGCAGAAGAUGGGCGGCGAGAAGGGAGACGGCAUAAUCGAGAUGGAGGACAGUCGGGGCAAUGUCAUGCCCAAGCGGGUCUACGACGACAUGGCCAAGGCCGGUUUGAUUUGA